UUGCAGAGAAGCAGAGAAGAAAGAACUCAGGAACGUGUCUCAUGGCAUCGCUUACUCCAGGCGUGCUCUUGAAGCUGCUCCAGCAUGCCAGCGACAGAAACGUCAAGGUCACUGGUGAGCAUCGUUCAGCUCUCUUGCAGGUGCUCGAGAUUGUCCCUGCACUUGCCGCCGGCGAUGAUCCCUGGCAGAGUAGGGGCUUCUUCUUGAAGGUAUCCGACUCUUUACAUUCUGCUUACGUUUCUAUCUCCAAUGAAGACCUCGAUUUGAUCUUCAGCGAUAAGAUCCAACUCGGUCAAUUCCUGCAUGUCUCUCGCCUCGACUCUGCUUAUCCUGUUCCUGUGCUUCGUGGUAUCAAGCCUGUCCCCAAGAGGUGGCCUUGUGUUGGUAACCCUACCGACUUGGUCUCCAGCGAUUGGUUGUUGGUUCGACCUAAUGUUGAUUUCUCUCCGCCGAGUCAAGGUUCGGAGAAUGUAAAGAGCGCCGGGAAGAAAGAUGGAUUGAAGACGACCAAGGUGAAGAGAUCGUCAGAAACUGAAGACAAAACCAAGUCGAUACGAGCUUCGUUGGGGAAUAAUGCGAAGGUGGAAGACCUGGAGAUUAGGAGAAUAAGCUUGGAUACAAUGCGAAGGGGAUGGGACCAUAUCCCAGGAUCGAAGAAUGCGAACGGCGUACGUUCCUCCAGUUUCUCAGAUACUGCUUCUGUUCUUUCUGAUAAGAAGGCUUCUUCCAGGAGCGAUUCUGCUCCGAAGCAUCGAUGUUUGAACAACUCACCACCAUCAAAUAAAAGCAAUGGCUUAUCUCCGAAAAUACCGAAGAGGCCAUUAAAAAGAGACAUUAAGCCCAAGGAGGGAAAUAGUCCAUGCCAUCUUGUUAAGGUUCCUGUUAGUUCUAAAAAAAUUUCAGAUCAAAGCCUUUCGUGGGAGUCACUGCCAUCUAGUAUUCAUGCUCUCGGGAAGGAUGCUUUGCGUUAUAGCAAUGCUGCAUUUGUUGCUGCAGUAGAUGCAUUACAAGAAGCUUCGGCAGCAGAGUCUGUCAUCCGAUGCAUGAGCAUGUUUUCGGAACUGUGUGACUCAGACCUGCAAGAUUCUCCAGGACUCUUAGUGGAUCAAUUUCUAAACCUCCAUCAGAACUUGCGGCAAGCAUCAUCUGUUGUAAAUGGCUUACUGGCAACGAGAUCUCCAGAAGGAAAAACCAGUUCUAGUAGUGUACAAAGUGCAUCACCAGAAGCCUGCACAAACUUUACUGGUAAAGCUGUGGAUUCUACAUCAUGGGUCCAAGCUGCUUUAGAUACCAAUCUUUCCAAAUUUUCUUUGUUUGUCAAGCAAGAUAAGAAAGACAUUCUACACAAUGGAAAAUGUUAUCAUGUUGUCUUAGAAAAUUCUACCUCAACUAAAGACGUCAAUCGUAGCAGCCCUUCACCUCAGAACAAACAAAGCCCCAAAAAUCAGGGGAGCUUGUGUGAAUUGAGCACCAAGAAGAUGCCUUCUCCUAGAAGGGGGGUUGUGGUACCUGCAUCAAAGAAGACAAACACUGAGAAGAGGAAAUGGUUACAAGGAAGUGGCUUGAAAGAUACAGCAUCUCUAGCCAAGCAGCUGCUCUUGUUUUCUCGUGGAUGGUUCUUGAAAUACUUGGAGGAUUCAUUGAGCAACGGAUUUGGAUUAAAACAGGGGGAAGAAGAUGAUGAGAUCAUAGGUCUUCUUGGGCAACUUAAAAGAAUAAAUCAGUGGUUGGAAGAUGCGGUCAGUGAUGAUAUUGAGGUUAAUGAGAGAAUAGAGAGAUUGAGAAAGAAACUAUAUGGAUUUCUACUAGAGCAUGUUGAUGCAAGCGUGCUUACUAGUAGAUAGGGAUUAUGCUGGUAGGACUGUAGGAGGUCACUUUU